AACAUGCUGCCACACAUGGGCCACCCGCCGCCUGACUUCCGCCACAUGAUGCCAUACAACCGCGGGCCUCACGGGCACGGCCCGUUCCUCCCGGGCCACAGGCAGCAGUGCGGGCCGAGCGGGCCUGACCGGCCUCCUGCCCCCUCUCCUCCGCCGCUGCUGCCGCUGCCACCGCCGCCGGGGCUCGGUCCUCACGGCGAGCCGAGCCCGCGGACCAGCUUCUGGGAGCGGAGCCACGGCGCUCUGGGCCGGUUCAGACACAGGGCCAUGCCGAACGGUGGACGCGGGAAUUGGAACCGAGGCAGCAGGGGAGGAGGGAACAGCAGAGGCCCCCCAGGUCGUUACGGGCCCGGAGAGAGUCACGGUAACAAGAAGGAGUCCCCCUCGAGGAAACAGAAGAUGCAGGCGAGGAACGCGGUGAGGAAACCGGCUCACAGUGUUUCCAAACCAGAGACCAGUGUUGACGAGUCCUUCGAGGACUUACUGUCCAAGUAUAAGCAGAUCCAGCUGGAGCUGGAGUGCAUCCGCAAAGAGGAGACAAUGGCUCUGGAGCCCAAAGUGUCCCCCGCCAGACCCCAGACCCCAGACAACACUGCCAGUAUUACAGAGACCAAACCAGUACCAGAACCGGCUCUGAGUCCAGAGGACACGGCCGAGCUGGAGAUGACCGAGAAGAAAGUGUUCCAGGCGUUCAACAUCAAACCUCUCCGCCAGAAACUGCAGACCCCCGUCAACCUGGACGUACUGAAGAGGAAGUGGGCCGAGCAGGAUCACGGAGAGGACGGCGAGAAGGAGGGAGAAGAAGAAGAAAGACCAGAUGGAGCAGAACCAGAACCCAAAGCUGAAGAAGAGUCGGAGGAGGUGAAGAAGACGUGUUCGAGCUGCAGCGACGAAACCAAAGACGAGAAAACGUCAAAGACGUGUUCGUGCCGCAGAGAGUCGUCAGCGUCCAGCGAGGACUCCGUCGUGUCACCUGACAAGCCGGCUGUGAAGGUGGAGGAAGAGGAGCUGUCAGAGCUGCAGCUCCGCCUCCUCGCACUGCAAUCGGCCAGUAAGAAGUGGCAGCAGAAGGAGCAGCAGGUGAUGAAGAAGAGCAAAGACCGGAUCACUAAAGUGGUCCAGGAGAAGAGUUCUGGUUCUGGAGCUGCUACACCCAGCAGGCAGAGAGUCACCACCAGGUCCGCUUCCUCUGCUGCCGCUGCAGCGGCUGCAGCUGCUGCGGCCGCUGCAGCCGCUGACAGGAACAGAACUAGGUCCAAACCUCUGGAGAGGGACCGGGACAGAACCAAGACCGGGCCCAGACCUCCAGACAGAGACCGAGAGAGGCCCAAUCCUAAACCAGGUCCCAGAGCUCCGGGGAAACCUCACAUGGCCAAGAAGAUGAUCAGUCCAGGCUCGGCGGCGAAGCAGGCGUUCAGGAAGCAGCAGCUGAGGACGUGGAAGCUGCAGCAGCAGAGAGAGCAGGAAGAGAAACGCCGACAGGAAGAGGAAGAGCGACGCAAACGAGAGGACGAGAUCCGAAGAAUCCGCGACCUAUCCAACCAGGACGAGCAGUACAACCGCUUCAUGAAGCUAGUGGGAGGGAAGACCCGGACCCGCAGUAAGUCCAGAGAUCGAGAACACAGGAAGUCUGCUGGUAAACCGGGCCUGGACGCCUCAGGGAACCUCUACCAGUACGACAACUACGACGAGGUGGCGAUGGACACGGACAGCGAGACGGGUUCACCAGUCCCAUCGCCAACACACCAGCUGACUGCAGACGAUCCGGGAUGUUUCCCACAGGUGUCUCUGUACCUGAGCGACCCUCAUCAGUUUGGAAUGGACCUCUCCCAGCCGUUCCUCUCCACCAUGCUGCCCGGUGUUCCUCCCCCGCCUCCACCUCUCCCCCCUCCACCAGAUGAGUUGGAGCCUCCUCCCAAACCACCAUUCGCUGAUGAGGAAGAGGAGGAAGAGAUGCUGCUCCGGGAGACGUGUCUGAUGUCGAUGGCCAACAAGAGAGUGAUAACUGAGGAGAAGACCUCCAGCGGUCCUCCUCCUGCAGGACUUCAUCCGCCAACCAGAGGAAACCUGAGCACCGUCAGCCUGAACACAGUGUCUCAGACUAGAACCAACAAGUUCACCAGAGGACACCACAGUCCCAGAGCGCCAUUGGUGCUGCCCCGACACAAGUCUGUGGUAGUUUCUCUGAAUGACUCAGAUGACAGUGACUCCGACAUGGACACCUGCAGCUCCACACAGGCAGCGUUUGGAGGACUGGAGUUCAUGAUCAAGGAGGCCCGGAGGACUGUGGAGGCAGCGAAGCCGAAAGCAGUGUCUGGAUCUGAGAAGGAGAACAACCCGGUCAGAACUCCAGAGGCUUUACCUGAAGCCAAAAAGGCAGAGUACCGUCUGCUCAAAGAGGAAAUCGCCAGCAGGGAGAAACAGAAGAUGAUAAAGGAUCACGGACUGACCACCUGGAGCUCCGCCGCACCUGCAGUCCACGAUUCCUUGACGGACUCAACCGCAAAGUCUGCUGCAGAGCUGAAAGUGACCGAAGCAGAGCAGAGACUCAACAAACACAGGGAGCUGCUGCAGAGGGACGAGGCCGUCCUCAGACACCUGCUGCAGCAGGAGCUGAAGAAGAGGGAGUCCCUGAAGGCUGCUGAGGGGAAGGUAGCCAAACUGAGAGAGCAGCUGCAGGCGUCUGAGAAGAUCGUUGGCGCCAACAAGACACUGCUCAAGAAGCUGCAGGAGCAGGUGCAUCGGGUUGAACAUCGAGUGUCCAUAAAGAAGAGCGUGGCCGCCCGGUUGGAGCAGGACCUGACUCAGGCUCAGCUUACGGCCGGUAGAGCACCUAAACGCCGAACAGAUUCCACCCAGAUUCUGCCUAGUAAGGUGCAGCGGGUGGACGGACCUCCUCGUGGAUCGGACCGUCACUUUUCCGAACUCAUCGCACAGAAGCAGCGGCUGCAGCAGCUGGAAUCUGAGUACGCCAUGAAGAUCCAGAAGCUGAAGGAGGCUCAGGCUUUACGGAACAAAGGAGUCCCAUCAGACCCGCCCCCUGAGCUGCCGGUUCGAGCCUUCACCCCUCUGGACCCUCAGAGCCAGCUCCCACCUCCCACUACCUCCUUCCCCCUGCCCCAGCCCUCCCUGCACGACCUCACACAGGACAAACUCACCCUGGACAGUGGAGAUCUGCCAGAGGCCGACGAUUAUGAAUCAGAACCUGUGCCCAGUGCUGCCACUAAAGGAGGCCGCCGUCAGUCCAGCUGCUCCUUCACCAAACCCAACUUGGAGCAGCCGAGCUCCACUCCGACCAAAGACAACAGCACCGCCAAACCUGCCAAGACUUCCACCAGCUCCAAGCCACCUGCAGAGAUGUUUGCAGGUCUGGAUGUAGACACUCUGAAGCUGAGAUACCAGCAGCAGGCCGGGCUGGGAGAGGUGUUGCUCAGGGAGCUACACCGAGUGGGCCAAGAUCUAGAUGAUCCUCCGGCUGCAAAGCUGGUUUCAGUCGAGGUGGACACAACCACAAGCCAAUCUGGGAGCUCAGAGCUGAAACCGGUUCCUUUUGGGUCAUAUCAUAGCCCUCUGCUGGUCUUCAGGUCGUACAGGUUCAGUCCGUAUUACCGGACCAAGGAGAAGUUAUCGCUGAGCUCUGUGACAUACAGCAACACCAUCGAGCCGUCAAAGUGCUUCUGUCGCUUCGACCUCACAGGAACCUGCAAUGACGACGACUGCAGAUGGCAGCACAUGAGGAACUGCACUUUGAGUGGGAACAAGCUGUUCCAGGACAUCCUGUCGUACAGCCUGCCUCUGAUUGGCUGUUGUGAGAGCAGCUCGGACGAGGACGUUGGUGCUGCCACAGAGAAGUACAUGAAAAAGCUGUUUGGAACCAACAAAGACCGGAUGGGUGUCGACCAGAAGGCUGUCCUCCUCGUCAGCAAAGUGAACGAAAGCAAGCGACACGUCCCUCCCUUCACCACCUGUAAAGACACGAGGAGGUGGAGACCGAAGCCAUCAGCACAGAGUAGCUGGACUCCAGAGGACGACGUUGAGGAUGAGGCUGCAGCUGGAAACACGCCAGCAGGGAGACACGAUGACUGCUCCAGGAUCAGCCUGUCCGCUCUGGAUGUCUGCGUCACUUCAGACGACAAACGCUACUUUGUCAGCGAGACAGACGACAUAUCAAACCUGGAGUCCAGUGUCCUGGAGAGCCCACGAGACACCCAGCUUUGGAUCAAACUUGCCUUCAAGUACCUGAAUCAGAACGAGACGUCUGCAGCUGAGUGUUUGGAAGCUGCCCUAAACACAUUGUCUCGUGCUCUGGAGACCAACUGUGACAACCCGGAGGUAUGGAGCCACUACCUGGCCUUGUUUUCCAGGCGAGGCAGUCGCGAGGAGGUCCAGGAGAUGUGUGAGAUGGCUGUGGAACACGCGCCGGACUACCGUGUGUGGUGGAACUAUCUGAACCUGGAGGUGUCGUUUGAGGGGAAGGACUACGUUUGUGAUCGGGUUCUGCAGUUCCUUGUCACUGAGGCGUCUCCUGGAGUCUCAGACAAACUGUCCUUCCAGCUGAUGGAGGUUCUGCUCUACAGGGUCCACCUGAACCUGUUCUCUGGUAGGAUGGAGAGUGCUCUCGCUUUUCUACAGAAUGCCUUGAAAUCCGCCCACGACAGGAGCAUAGCAGACCACCUGACCUCCAGAGACCGGGCCCUGCUCUGGCUCUCUUACAUCCACUUGACGGAGUUCGACCGACUGCCCUCCAACCUGUACGACCCGGCCGAGUCCGGUCCGUCCAGACUGGUCAGCAGAGAGUCCUUCCUGCUGCCCUGGAGGACGGCACAGGACAUCAGCACACCGCCCGACAUCCUCAUCGCUCUCUUCCAAGACGCCAUCCUUCAGUGCAGUGAUGAGUCGGUGUCUCAGACUGAGAGGACGCUCGCCUGCCUGCCUCUGCACACAAACCUCAUCCUCCUCAACAAACUGUUGGACAGGUUCGAUGAGGGUGUCCGUCUCUGCGAGUCUCUGCUGGAGUUCUGUCCGGACUCGUGCGUUCUGAGGGAUGCUCUGGCCGACCUCCACCUCAGGAGAGGAGACGGUGAUCAGGCAGUCAGCAUGUGGCUGCACGCUCUGGCCGAGUGUACCAACAAUGCCAAGGUCUUCUACCACUCCUGCAAGUUCCUCAUGGCCCAGGAGAAGUCGAGCGCCAUCGCUCCUCUGUUCAGAGGAUUCAUCCUGAGUCUGUGUGAGGACGAGCAGAGUGGGAAAAAACCUGUCGACGUCCUCAGACACAUCCUCGGGUUUCCCACAGAGGAGAUCCUUAGAGGUCCAAUUGUCAAGGAGCUUCAGGAUCAGCUGAGUCAGCAGAUGUCUUACCUUCACCUGAUCCACUGUCGUUGGCAGUGGCUGCACGGUUCUGUGGAGGAGACGGUGGACGCCUUUGAGAGAGCGCUGGGAUCUGCUAUGCAGCUGGAAGAACUUCACAAACUGUGGAUGGAUUACCUGUCGUUCAGCAGCAGUCAGCUGACCCGUCGUCCAUCCAGCAGUCAGUCCAAACUCUUCUCGGAUCUGGUCCAGCGCUGUCUGAGCACCGUCCCAUCUCGACUCCAGGUUCCCUUCAACCCAGCCGAGUUCUGGAGCUGUUACCGCUACCACAACCAGGUGGUCACUCUGUACCUGAGCUGUCUGCCACCGUCCCAGCAUGCACUAGUCCUGGAAAGGCUGAGACACGCCAUGCCCAACAACACGGAGCUGGGUCUGAGGUUGCUGCAUCAGGAGUGGCGUGACGGGAACAUGGAGCAGCUUCGGUUCCAGGCCCGGAUGUUGAUCAGCACGUCUUCAAAGUGUCUGUCCAGCUGGAACAUAACGAUCGCUGUAGAGAGCGAGCUGAAGGAGCGAGGCGAGGUGCGACUCCUCUAUCAGCAGGCGCUGCAGAACCUUCCUCUGUGUGCCGCCCUGUGGAAACAUGUAAUUUACCUCUUUUGUCCUCAACACGCAUGACACGCAUCAUCAACACCAACACGCAUCAACACGCAACACCAACAUGCAUCAUCAACACCAACACGCAUCAUCAACAUCAACAC